AUAAUAUACCAAACAAAUAAAAAAGAAACGGAAAAAAGAUUCGUCUUCUCUCGCCGAAGUUCCGCUAUUGAUAUGCCGGAGACAAAUCACGCCGAACCACCACAUCACAGUCUUUACAAUCAAAAUAGAAAUUUAUAGAUAGAAAACAUAAUCAGAUUUACAAAGAAAGAAUCUCACUAAGCUUCAUUUACAGAAUUUGGCUUACCGAAGAAGAUGAGUUCGUGAAAUUGCUUUUUGUUAAGCCAUUUUGAAUCUUUGAUGUUCCUAGUUCUUUUUAACCAAUGAUUUAUUUCUCUUAGAUUCGGAUUUUUUUUAGUCUGAUUGCAUGAUAUGAUAUCGUUUCAAACAUGUGUGUGUCUAUGUAUUAGUUCUCUUGUUCCUCUAAAAGUUGUAUCUUUUUCUUGUUAAGAACAUACAUAAAAAUUAUAGCUUUUUCUUGUUCUCGUUAUUUGCAAGUGUAAUGUGUCUCAUUAAACUGUUUGGUACUGUUUGUAGCUGAAGAGAAACACCAUUACCCGAGAGGUUGUUCUGAUAAAGAGAAAGCUCUGUUGCGUUUGUUGUCCAGCGAGGGAAAGGGGCUUGGAACUUGUUGGAGCUCAAAUCAAAGGCUGCUUAUUUUAGGGAACACAAGGUUUUGAGGUAAUGUUUGGUACUGUUUGGUACUUUCGAUUAUGUUGUUUGCUAGAUAAAGUUGAGUUAUACCAGAUGCCAUUUUCGAGAACCAGCUAUGUGGUAUUUUUAGUUGUUUGGUUUACGCAUGUUUGUUUGUGCUUGUGAAACUGAGUAGUGUUUUCUAAAUUUCAGGAAUGAUUUGGGUAGUUUCAAGAAAGUUUUUUCGAAAAUCCGAUGUUAACAAAUUUGAAAAACUUUUUUCUUGGUGUCUUGUUCUGCUUACGCAUGUUGAUAUCUUUGUUAGGCUUAUCUGAUCAAGAGAGAACAUCUGAUUGCAUACUGACAUUUAUUCACGUCUCCGUUGAGGGACUCGUAGUCUACUAGUUUGAGAGACAAUUUCAUAAUUGACUUUUCACACAAAUAGCAAACACGCUUAGCUCGAUUACGGAGAUGAUUAAAGUGGUUAUGAUGGCGAUGGAGAUGAUCGGCGCCGGAUGAUGACAGACGAGAUGAUCGACACCGGAGAUAAUGACAGCCGAGAUGAUCGACGCUGGACAUGAGGCAAGCUGUCAUCGUCGAUUUCAUGAUUUCAAUUUUCAGAAAAAAAUGUAAUUAGAAAAAGAAAAAGGUAAAAUGGUAAAAUGGUAAAUGCUCAUAUUAAAUGAAACAUUUUUGUGAUUUUGAACUUUGAAGUCUAGAAUAAGAAGAAAAAAUUGGCAUAAGACUAUCUAAGGCUAUUUCUCAAAAUUUAUUGCCGCGAUUUUCAUUCUCAUGACCUAUUUAUCUUAUUAUAAAUUCACUGAGAUCCACUUUUUCUCUCAUAAGUAAAUUUGGGAAACUUACUCUUAGAAAGGGAUUGCACUCCUAGAUAAAGCAUGCUGAACACAAGGACUCGACCCAUUAAGAUAGGCUCAAGAGCUCGGCCAAAAGACUCAGUACAUUUUAUUAGUUCAAGUCAAUUUUGGGACAAACAGGAGAAGAGGCAUGGGUAUAAACAGAGGAGGCGAGGCAUUAGGAAACAUAUAUAAACAUACACACUCAUACAGGCUGACGACGAGUUAGGGGUUUCCUCUGUUUAACUUUACUCUCAUCGAUUGAAAGUGUUGUUUUACUUACUCUGGCUGAAUGUUUUCACUCAUCCUCUCUAAAUAUUGUUCAAACACCGUUGUAAUCUCUUUUGUUGAUCAAUAAAAAUGUUUUUAAAAUAAUCUACAAUAAAGUUUGUUCUUCUUAUAAGAACCGACGAAACUAAGAUUCAACAGUAGUAAUGCUAUAUUUUCAACAAAGCAACUAGAAAACAGCUCAGUUUAGCUAGCUCCUCAUCAAAACAUCAUCAACCCCUGGUAUUACUUUCUUAGCAAGAAAACUCUUCGUCCAAGUAAUUGAUUUAUCAUCCAGAAACACUCAUUUAAGUAACUUAUUCAACACUUGAAUUUCCUUGCGCCGGAUGCUAUUAACGUGAAGUGUGCAUGUAGGUUAGAUCACUCGACAAUUCAGCUCCUUUUUGCGAUAAUACGAUGAUUAAUGUUAGUUCAAAUGAUCCACAUGAUUAUUUAAAUACAGACACGCUGUUUCCAGAAAUAUCUUCACCGUGAAUUAGAAGGUAAAACCUCUAGUCAUAUAGAUGUAGUGGAAACCGGCACUUCGACUUAUUGUAUUAUAUAUCAUGUGUAUAAUUCAAGAAAGCUUUAUUAAGCAACGUUGCACUGUCAAGUCCCAAUCAUCACGGAUCAAUUUUUAUCGUAUUCUCUAAGAUUUAUUUGGUUAAUAUUCACGUUGUUUUUCAGAUAUCUCUAAAACAUUUCGAAUCCUUUACAAAAAAUUAAACGUAGUCAAACAGUAGCCUUGUCCAUGUAUCUAUAUAAUUCAAUUCCUUCUUAUCUAUCCACUAUCAAACUUCCUUAAAAAAAAAAAAAAUUCCCUAAUGGCUUCUAUCGACUUAUUUGAAGCAUCCAUAUCUCUUUUUUGCUUUGUCAUCUUCUAUUACUUCUUCAUCAAGAAAAAUUUUGGUUACUUGCUUAUCAAGAAGACCCUUCAAAGCUACGCUUGGAACUGGCCUGUUCUUGGGAUGCUUCCAGCUUUGUUCGUGUGGCACAAUGGGAUCGAUGAUAUCAUCUGGUUCAUCGAGAAGAAGAAUUUGACAUUUCUAUUCAAGGGUCCAUGGUUCACUAGAAUGGAUGCGUUGAUCACCGUUGAUCCAGCAAAUAUACAUCAUAUAUUUAGCUCAAAUUUCUCCAAUUACAUCAAAGGAUCGGAUUUCAACGAGAUAUUUGAUGUUUUCGGAGACGCGAUUUUCAACACCGACUCAGAGCUAUGGAAGAAUCAAAGAAUGUCCAUUCAGGCCAUGCUCAGUCAUCAAGAUUUUCAAAACUUUUCAAUGAGUAUCACUACAAGUAAACUCAAGGACGUGCUUCUUCCUCUUUUCAAUCGCUAUUCAGAGGAAGGGACAAUCGUGGACUUGCAGGAUGUGUUCCGGAGAUUCACGUUCGAUACAGCCCUGGUUACAAUCACCGGGUCUGAUCCUCAAUCUCUCUCCUUUGAAAUGCCAGACGUUGAGUUUGCAAAAGCCUUCGACAAUGCCGGGGAUGCCAUUUUGAUUAGGCAUAUCAUGCCGAAAUUCUUACGGAAGUUGCAAAACCGGAUGGAAUUGGGACAAGAGAAGACGUUGAUAGAAGCGGGUGCCACUUUUGAUCGAAUCUGCGCGAAAUAUAUAUCUGCAAAGAGAGAAGAGAUAAGAUCACAAGGAUUUGAUCAUGAUCAUGAUCAUUCAAAUGGAGAAAGUGAAGAUCUUUUGACAUCUCACAUAAAGCUAGAUACAAGCAAGUAUGAGCUCUUGAAACCAAACGAUGAUAAGUUCCUUAGAGACACCAUUUUAACUUUCAUUGCCGCAGGGAGGGAUACCAUUUCCACUGCUCUCACUUGGUUUUUUGGGCUCCUUCUAAAACACCCUUACGUGGAAGCCAAGAUUCACCAAGAGAUCAACACAAAUCUACCAAAAUCCACAAGUAGUCAAGAGAGGCCAUGGUCGGAUAUCGAUCGCAAAGCUUGUCUGAACAAGUUGGUGUAUCUACAUGGGGCGUUGUGUGAAGCAAUGAGGCUCUAUCCACCAGUUCCGUUCCAGCGCAAAUCUCCUAUAAAAUCAGAUGUACUUCCAAGUGGGCACAAAGUCGAUGCAAACUCUAUCAUUAUCAUCCCUAUCUAUGUGUUAGGGAGGAUGAGAUCCGUAUGGGGAGAUGACGCAUUGGAAUUCAAGCCGGAGAGAUGGAUUUCAGAGACAGGAGGGUUGAGACAUGAGCCGUCCUUCAAGUUCUUAGCGUUUAACUGUGGCCCAAGAACUUGUCCUGGUAAGCAUUUAGCUUUGACUGCAAUGAAGGCCAUAAUUGUAGAGAUAUUACAAAACUAUGAUGUUAAGCUCAUCGAAGGACAGAAGAUUGAGCCAAAGCCUAGACUUGUUCUUCAGAUGAAUCAUGGUCUUCGAGUCACACUUACUAAGAAAUGUUCAGCUUGAAAUAAUAAUCUUAUAGUUGCUCCAAAAUCUAUCUUGUGUAUUAUAAAAAAUAAGGUAAAUAUGUAAUGUCAUGUACCUGCCCCCUGGUUUUUGGAGGCUUGGUAUUUGUGAUUUUAUGUAAUGUAUUUCCUUUUUAUUAUAUAAUUCCUGAAAUGUAAUUCCUUACCUUAUAAAUACUCCAUGCAGAUGCACGUUACAUUUUUUUAUUUUUAAAAUCUAAAUGUAAGCUUUGUGUCAUGGAUUGACUCUUUUUCAAGUCGGAACAUGCGGCCUUAGCAUGUUUCAAGGUCUGACCCUGAGAAAUUUCAAAAAAAUUGGGCUGGAAGCCCACAAAAACUUGAGAGAUUAUAAAAAAAAUAACUGCACGUUAUAUAUUUUUAUUGUUAAAGUCUAAAUGUAAGCUUUGUGUCAUUAGGGGUGGGCAUUUCGGUUUAGUUUCGGGUUCGGUUUGGGUUCGGUUUGGUUUGGGUAAUUUGGGUUUUAUAAAACUCAAACCAAUUAAAACCAAAGUAGCUUUGGUUUGGGUUCGGUUUGGGUUUAAUUCGGUUCGGUUCAGUUCGGUUUGGUUUAGAUUUAGUUCGGUUUACAUUAUUAUGGUCUAGUUUGGUUCGGUGUAGUUUGGGUUGGUUAUAAAAUAUGAAGGCAUUAGUUUUUUACUUUUAUUAAAAAAUAAUCAACUCAUAAACGAUAGAGUGAGAACAUAAAAACUUAUGCUACAUGAUUUUAUAUAUAAUAGUAUUAUUUGAAUCGUAUUUAUAAUUUUUUUUUUAAGAUAUAGAAGUUAUGAAAAAAUGAAAAACGAAACUUUAGCUAAAAUUUACAAUAUGUUAAUACAUAUAUAUAUAUCAUAAAUAUUUUUACUAUAUAUAUAUUGGAUUAUCGGUUUGGUUCGGUUUGGUUCGGUUUAAACCCAAACCAAACCAAACCGUUCGGGUUGAGUAAAACAUGAACCAAUUGGGUUACAUAAAAAACACGGUUUGGUUUGGUUCGGUUUAACUUCGGUUUGGUUGGUUCGGUUUGGUUUGGUUUGGGUUUUUUGCCCACCCCUAUGUGUCAUAGAUUGACUCUUUUUCGACUCAGAACGGCCUUAGCAUGUUUCUAGGCCCAACUAUGAGAAAGUCCAAAAAAUUGGGCUGGAAGCACACAAAAACUUGAGGGCCUGUAAAAAAAAUAAUUGGAUCUAAAUGAUGGUAAGAAGUUUCAAAGACAAGACCUCUAGUAUGAACACCACAUGCUUAUAACCAGCAGAACUACUAGAAAUAUUGAAAAAAUUUGGCUGAAAAAUAAAUAUUUUACAAGGGCCGGAAGUUACUGCUUCCUUGGCUUCUAUCCAGGGCCACUACUACAUGUUUCUACCUCUUUGAAUUUCUAAAUCCGCAUUUAACUGAUUCAAAUUUGCUCUUAGAAACAUUUAGAGAAAAGGGCUUUAUAGAAGUGUACUCUUAUUAAGUUCUUGGAUAUGUUACAAAUGAGGCUCUCACCCCCUUUCUAUACAUGGGAAUCUCCUCAAUGAAUGGUGGAGAUCAAACAAUCUAAUGUUUUAAGAUUUUUUCCUUACUCUCUACUCUUUUUUAUGCUUAUCUUUUCCUUACUUCCCAAGAGCAUCCACAACCUGGGUCUCUCACCAAAGCUUUUCCCAAUAAAAAUAAAAAGAAUUUUAAAAAAUAGAAGAAAUGAGGAGAGAGAGCAGAUAUAGUCUCUCAAAGAGAGACUAAAAAUAAUUUGUGAGUUGCAAUAAAAAAAUGUGAAAGACCCUUAUGCUUAGUUGUCAUGCUGUGAUUAGUUUCAUUUUCAUUUAUUUAAGGAUUUUUAAUGUCAAAACCCCUCAAUUAUGUUUCAUUCGGGUAUAAACCCCCCCCCCCCCCCCCAAAUUAUUGAUUCAACGUAGAAAGAGAGGACGACUCUUACGUUUUUCACAUUCUGGAGUUUUUGAAUUUCAAUUGGAGAAUUGAAAGAGGGUUAAUACAACACAGGCUGAGAGAGUCGUUUUGUGUUUCGUUUGUUCUGUGUCAAAAUCAAAAAGGGACAAUGAAGGAAGCCUGAUACAAACUGAAGCAAGAGGGUUAAAAAGUUUUCUGCGAUUGGAGCUUUAAGGAUGAACAGGUAACAUACUUUUUCACUGAUCCCUUCUGGUUUCAUUGGUUUCAUUAUGAGUUUGAUGGGUUUGAAAAUUUUAUUUGUAAACAGGAGAAUUCAUAUUCGUUUACAUGUUGGAGGAUACUGGACAGCAGAUAAAACAUACAAUGGUGGUGAAAAAAAAUGUUGUAGGAUUGAUUUUGAGGAACCAACUCUCAAGAUGCUUGAAAGUAUGAUUGCGAGUGGUGGUUUUCCAGAGAACAUGAAUAAGUUCUCUUAUUUCCCUUAUGGAGUAGUAGAUCAGAAGAAGGAUGUAUGUUCUGAUACAGAUGUGGUGGAGAUGGUGAACGCCUCAAGCGAACUGGAAAACAUAAUUUUUUUUCAUGUAAGAGCUGAUGAUCCUUAUCUCGAUGAUGUUCUCAUUGGAGGUGACGAAGAGGAAGAGGAACAGAAGAGUGACAAUGAAACUGACUUUUACAGGGAUGAUUAUGUUGACCAGAAGUAAGAACUCAUCUUCUUCAACAUCUGAAGUCAUGUUCUUUUUCUUCCUCAUUUUGUUGCUAAGAUCUGUUACAACCCAAUUAAGAGCUUCAAACUAAGGAUGAGACAAGUCUCCAACUACAAAAGCAUGCGUCUGAAACCCGAACGGAAUCCAACUGCAACCAGGAGGUUUCUUUAACCCUCUCUUCUUCAUCUUCAUCCUCAUCUCUGCAGCUUCCUCCCUUUUCCCACUUCUUUUAUAUAUAUCAGAUAUCAUUACAUAGGUCCCAGCAUCAUCCGACUGUUUCCAAAGCGGUGAAGUCACAAUCUCGUUCUUUUGGUGGACAAACUUAGAUAUCAUCUGGUGAAUCUGCAAAACCUAACAGCUACUCUACUUACUUGAAUGAAGAAGAUUGGAGAAAACCUACAAGAGCCCUAAUUUUUUUGAUUUGGAGAUUUUGGAGAUGAAAAAGAGAUACGAAUGCCGUGAUGUUUUUGGUCAUAAAUAAAACGUUGUGGAACCGAAAUUCGCACUGUCGAUUUCCGUUUAAAUAAGGAAACUAGGAAAACCCUAAUUUCCCAGAGGUCCCGGAUCUCUGCGAGAGCCAACGACAAGUGACCAAAUAUAUGCGGAAGUUAUGAAAAGAUAACAAACGAGUUUAGAG